CGUGGCUCGUAAGAAAUAUUUUACCCAUUUUUAACAAGGUAUAAACACGUAUUAAAAGUUUUAAUGAUGUUUAUUGUAUUUCCACAUCAUUCAGAACAAUGCCACUUACCAGUGAAAAGAAUUGUGAAUAGUAUCGAAAACAGGGGCCUCUGUAAUAUAGUUGCGCUGGUUACAUCAACUUAAGUCCGAAGUUCGAAGUCACCUUGAAAUACGGAUUGUAAUUGAACAACCAUUCCCAUACAGCUGGGUUUACAUGCUAAGAUGGAGAUUAAAAGAGAGACAUAUGGGCCUGAUCUUGAUUAUGAGAUGAAAGGCUUUGACUAGGUAUGAACAUAAAGUCAAGGUGGGCUGUGGAAAACAUACACACAGUGGUAUCCAAGGGAGAACGAGCUAUAUGUAGCCUUGUGGUACAACUGCAUGCUUCGUGGGUCAGACUUAUUAGUUGAGAAAUAUUUUAACAGUUCCUGUUUUCACUGCCAGACUGACUAUUAACUGACAGGAAUAAGAUGAGCAAGUAAAUCCGGAAUGACAGGGUUGAGACGAUUGGCGAAGAUUGCCAGCAUGUUUGGAGUGACUGGUGGCACAGUCUUCAUCAUCAAAAAGAAUGAUUGGGAGAUUUCUACUGUGGGAGCACUGAGAUUUGGCCGUGCAGCUGUAACAGCAGCACGGAUUGUGUGUGACUAUAAGAUGACCAUGUAUCAUCUAAAUCCAGAAGAUGAGCAGUACGCUGACAAGCGCUCUCAGCUUCACACUCGCUCAGCAGUGAGACUUCGGGAACUGUGCUGUGCUAAUGGCGGGGCCUUCAUCAAAGUAGGGCAGCAUUUAGGGGCACUGGACUACCUGCUGCCUGCCGAGUAUGUCCAGACGCUGAAGGUGUUACACAGCGAGGCACCCCAAUCCUCUCUGGAGGACCUGUAUUCUGUUAUUGAGGAAGACCUCGGUAAGAAGGUAUCUGAGAUUUUCACCACCUUUGACCCUCAGCCUCUGGGUGCGGCCUCUCUAGCUCAGGUACACAAGGCCACCCUUAGGGACGGCCGUGUUGUGGCAGUGAAGGUACAGCAUGUUAAAGUCAAGGCCCACUCCUUUGUGGACAUAAAAACCAUGGAGAUCUUGGUGAAAUUGGUGGCCUGGCUUUUCCCGGACUUUCAAUAUGUGUGGUUAGCUGAAGAAACCAAGAAAAAUCUGCCAUUAGAACUGGACUUCCUGAAUGAGGGAAGGAACUGUGAGCGGGUUGGGAGAAUGUUCAAACACUUUAGGUUUUUAAAGGUGCCGGCUAUCUACUGGGACCUGUCCUCGGAGAGGGUCCUGACCAUGGAGUUCUGUGAAGGGGGGAAGGUAGAUAACCGAGACUACAUGACCAAACAUGGCAUCAGUGUCAAUGAGGUGACCAGGAGCCUGGGAAAGCUGUACAGUGAGAUGAUAUUUGUGCACGGCUAUGUACAUUGUGAUCCUCACCCUGGCAAUGUACUGGUCAAGAAGACAGACCAAGGUGUAGAGAUAUCCCUGCUGGAUCAUGGACUAUAUCAGUCACUGACAGAUGAGUUCCGUGUGAACUACAGCAAGCUGUGGAUGUCUCUGAUCAAUGCAGACCAGAAGGGAAUUAAGCACUACUCCAGCCUGAUGAAUGCUGGUGAUCUCUACCCCUUGUUUGCCUGUAUGCUGACAGCCAGGUCCUGGACGGCUGUGUCCUCAGGGAUUGCCAACAAGGAGUUCUCAGCAAAAGAGGGGGAGGAGAUCAAGUCCAGUGUGGCCGAUUACUUCCCUCAGAUUUCACAAAUCCUGAAUCGCAUACCACGCCAAAUGUUGCUGUUGCUGAAAACCAACGAUGUUUUACGCAGUAUAGAGCAUUCAUUGAAGACUCGCAGCAAUGCGACAUCUUUCAUUAACAUGUCCCGCUGCUGUAUUAGGUCAGUGGGCCAGUAUGAACUCCAACAUUGCCAAUCUAGGAUGUGUAAAAUACGUGUGUCCAUCAACACUCACUGGCAUUUGUUUGUGAUUUCUGUGUAUGAGUUUUCCCUGUGGUUACAGAGCACUGUGAUGGGCCAGACUUUCAGUCGUAUCUUCAAGCACAGAGUUAUAUGAUAAUAGCCUGAUUUAAUAAAAUUAAUACUGUAAUUUUUACAAUCCAUAGUUAUUGAUAUAUAAGGACGCCAGAGUAGUAGAGCAUUCAGGGAAAAUCUACAUGUUCAGAAAGGACGAUAGGUGUUCUGGGACAUUUAAAAACUUCUGUACAUGUGUGACGGGUAUGUAGUGUGUAAGAUUCAUUGUUGGGGACAGACAAAGCUUGAAGCUAGCUUUUCAGGUUUGUCUAAACUACCUCAGCCUAUAGUGAAUGUGAUGAAUGUGCUGUUUUAUUUAUAAAUAAAUUUAUUUUGAUUCAUUU